CCUACUUCUUCCUGCCAUUCCCAGUGGAGCCCCAAGAAGAGGAAGAGGCAGAGGAAGGUGAAACAUGGCUGAUUUAAGAUUCCAGAGUAUCAACUGGCAGGCAGCUGCCAACCAGAAUGAGCAUCACACAGACAAAUACAACAGCCAGGAGCUCAUCUUGAGAAGAGGCCAAUUGUUCUAUUUUUCACUGACCUUCAACCGACAUUUUAGUCAUGAAGACACUCUGAAGUUCACAACCUCCACAGGACCCUCCCCCUCUGAAUCGGCCAGAACGAAGGCUGUGUUUCCACUCUCCAGUGGGUCAAGUAGCAAUGGCUGGAAUGCACAGCUUGUGCGCCAGAGGGACAGUACUCUGACCAUCUCCAUCUCCAGUCCUGCCAAUGCACCCAUAGGAUGGUACACAUUGAACAUGCAGAUCUCUUCCCAGAGAAAUAAUGCUACCAUGAAACUCGGGACGUUUAUACUGCUCUUUAACCCCUGGUUGCAAGCGGAUAGUGUCUUUAUGAGUAACCAGGCUGAGAGAGAGGAGUACGUUAUGGAAGAUUCUGGAGCCGUCUUUGUGGGAAGUGCAAAUCGAAUUAACAUGGUUGGCUGGAACUUUGGACAGUUUGAAGGAGACAUCCUGAACACUUGCCUCUCGAUCCUGGAUAAGAGUCUGAAUUUCCGCCGUGACCCUGCUACGGACGUGGCCCGCAGAGGUGACCCCAAAUACAUUGGCCGGGUGCUGAGUGCAAUGAUCAAUAGCAAUGAUGACAACGGUGUGCUAGCUGGGAACUGGAGUGGCAACUACGUCGGUGGCCGGGACCCCAGGAACUGGAACGGCAGUGUGGAGAUCCUCAAGGAAUGGAAGAAAUCUGGCUUCAGGCCAGUGCGAUACGGCCAGUGCUGGGUCUUCGCUGGAACCCUCAACACAGUGCUGCGGUGUUUGGGGAUUCCCUCCCGGGUGAUCACGAACUUCAACUCAGCUCACGACACAGACAGAAACCUCAGUGUGGACGUGUACUACGACCCCAUGGGAAAUCCCCUGGACAAAGGCAGCGAUAGUGUAUGGAACUUCCACGUCUGGAAUGAAGCCUGGUUUAUGCGGAAUGACCUGGGCUCCUCCUACAGUGGAUGGCAGGUUCUGGACUCCACCCCCCAAGAGAGGAGCCAAGGGGUGUUCCAGUGCGGCCCUGCUUCAGUUAGCGGUAUCCGAGAGGGUGAUGUGCACCUGGACUUCGACAUGCCCUUCGUCUUUGCGGAGGUUAAUGCCGACCGCAUCACCUGGAUCUACGACGCCAGCCGUAACAGCUCGAAGCAGACUUCCUCGGACACUCACACCAUUGGCCGGUACAUCAGCACCAAGGCGGUAGGCAGCUACUCACGCAUGGACGUCACGGAGAAGUACAAGUACCCAGAAGGCUCCAAGCAGGAAAGAGACGUGUUUGACAAGGCAAUGGGGAAGCUUAAACCUAACAGCACAUUCGGCCCAACGUCUGCAUCCGAGGCCGGAAGAGAGGAACGGGAGCCCAGCAUCUCUGGGGUAUUCAAGGUCAAUGGCAUACUGGCAGUGGGCAAAGAAGUCAACCUGGCCCUGAUGCUCAAAAAUCUGACAAGUGACAUGAAGACAGUCACGGUGAACAUGACUGCCUGGACCAUCGUCUACAAUGGCACACUCGUCCACGAGGUGUGGAAGGACUCCAUCACACUGUCUCUGGACCCUGAAGAAGAAAUACAGUACCCUGUGAAGAUCACAUACGCUCAGUAUGAGAAGUACCUGAAGGCAGACAACAUGAUCCGUACCACGGCCGUGUGCCAGGCCCCCGAUGAGGCCGAGCUGGUGGUGGAGAGGGACGUCAUCCUGGACAACCCCACCCUGACCCUGGAGUUGCUGGACCAGGCCCAGGUGCGGCAGCCCGUGAAUGUGCAGAUGCUCUUCUCCAACCCUCUGGAUGAGCCGGUGAAGAACUGCGUGCUGAUGGUGGAGGGCAGCGGUCUGCUGCUGGGCAGCCUCAAGAUCGAUGUGCCAACCCUGCGCCCCAAGGAGCGGUCCCGGGUACGUUUUGAGAUCCUGCCCACCCGGAGCGGCACCAAGCAGCUGCUCGCUGACUUCUCCUGCAACAAGUUCCCUGCAAUCAAGGCCAUGCUGUCCAUCGACGUGGCAGAGUGAAGAGCCCAGGUGGCCCCAUAAAAACUUGGGUACCAUGAAGCAAGCAGGGCUUGCCUGUCCAGCCUGGGAAACCCACUUUAUCCCCCAAAGCUGCCUGGACAGGGAGGCCCAGCCUCCAGCACACCCCGUCCCUCACUCCCAUGCUGGGCUGGCUCCACUCUGGCCCGAGACUUGAUCACUUUUGCACGUUCUCUGGCUGUUUCUCCCUGUGGCUGCCUGCUUUGUGAGCCCCAUGGCCCUGCCCAGCCCUCGAGUCCAUCAGUGCGGCAGGAUGCGUGGCACCUGACCCAGCGACUCUCUCAGUGGGCACGGGGAAGAAGACGGUCUGGACUGUUUGCUGAUCCCUAGCCUGCAGUUGGGACACUCCUGCUCCUUCCUCGGGCCACAGAAAAGGGGAGGGUUGGCCAUCUGUCAUGGCGCUCACAUCCUUACACUCCAAAUAAAGUUAAAAAGAGCACAAUCACACAGCA